AUGAGGACCAGGCCGACGGGUAACGCCAGCAAUGCCGACUGGAUGGGUUCACUGUGUCCCACACUCACCGCCAUGCCACUCAAAUACUUCGCCGUGCCCGGCUCUCACGACUCGUUCAGUUUCUGGGUGGACGAACAAGCCCCGGUCGGCCCUGAUCAGAAGGCGUUCGUCAAGCACCUAGCGUUCGUGUUCCGUCUGCUGGCCAAAAAGGUGAUGAAGAAAUGGUCCAUGACUCAGAACCUGACCUUUAAGGAGCAGCUGGAAGGCGGCAUCCGAUAUUUCGACCUCAGAGUCUCGUCCAAACCCGGAGAAACAGACCACGAGGUCUACUUCAUCCACGGCCUGUUUGGGCUCAGAGUGCGAGAUGGACUCAAUGACAUCAACGCCUUCCUGAACUCUCACCGCAAAGAGGUUAUCUUCCUGGACUUCAACCACCACUACGCCAUGGACGAGCAGCAUCAUCGCUACCUGAUUGGCAUGCUGAAGGAGGUUUUUGGACCAAAGCUGUGCAAGAUCAACAAGGUGGAGAACAUCACGCUAGACUUCCUGUGGGAGAAGAAGCACCAGGUCCUGGUAUUUUAUCAUCACCCGUCUGCUGAAAGCUGCCCAUUGAUGUGGCCUGGUAGUAAAAUGCCAGCGCCGUGGGCCAACACCACCGACACCAAAAAACUCAUCCAGUUUCUGGAGACCACGCUGGGCGAGAGGGCCGAGUACGGCAGCUUUCACGUGUCCCAAGCCAUCCUCACACCCCGCAUCAGGACCAUCGUCAAAGGCCUGGUCCGGGGGCUGCGCAACUACCUGGUCGAGAAGAACUUGCCGGUCAUCAUGGCAUGGGUGGAGACGCAAAGGCCUGGCGUGAACGGUGUCAACAUCAUCACCUCUGACUUCGUGGAGCUGGUGGACUUCGCCAACACCGUCAUCAGACUCAAUGACCUCCUCCUCCUCCUCCCCCCACCGGACCGGGCAGUUACAUGA